CCAUCUCUACCUCCUUCCUACUAUCCCUAAAACAUAUCGCCAAUGGCUCGUACAAAGCAAACUGCUCGCAAAUCUACCGGAGGAAAGGCUCCAAGGAAGCAACUCGCCACAAAGGCUGCACGGAAAUCGGCGCCGGCGACCGGUGGAGUGAAGAAGCCUCACAGAUUUCGUCCUGGAACGGUGGCGCUCCGUGAAAUCAGAAAGUAUCAGAAGAGCACUGAGCUUCUGAUCAGGAAACUCCCAUUCCAGAGACUGGUUAGGGAAAUCGCACAGGAUUUCAAGACCGAUCUGCGAUUCCAGAGUAGCGCCGUCGCUGCCCUCCAGGAGGCAUCGGAAGCUUAUUUGGUUGGGCUUUUUGAGGACACAAAUCUGUGUGCGAUUCACGCCAAGAGAGUGACGAUUAUGCCCAAGGAUAUGCAGCUUGCUCGAAGGAUCCGCGGUGAGAGGGCUUGAUGAUUUGAAACAUUUAAUUUGUUGUCUUGGUAAGAUUCUGGAUUUUUAGCGAUAACGGUUUAGGGUUCUGGCUUAAGUGGAUAGUGUUCCUGGAAAUAUGCAGUUUUGAUAUUUGGAUUUGUAUGUUUCAAGCUAUAAUUCAAAACGAUUCUA